UUUACUGACGGAGACGUUUGUGGCGAGAGUGCAUGGCCGACGGACUUUACCGCAAUGUUUAUAUGUCGUGUUUUCUGUAGAGUUGCUGUGUGAGCGGUGCGCCAGAGAGGGAGCAGAUGCGGCUCUUACCAUGACUGGUCCCGGGAAGCAGUGCUUUCAGGCGGCGUUGAUCUUCCUGACUUUCGCCCAGCUGACUGCAGGUUUGAAGUGUGUGUGCCAGCUGUGUACCAACCACACCUGUGAGACAGCUGCAGACGGGGCCUGCUGGAACUCUGUGAUGCUGAUUGACGGCAAAGAGGAGACAGUGAAGUCCUGCCUGUCUCCCUCUGAGAUGAAGGGCCAGGUCUUCUGCUACAGCUCCAGAAAUGUCUCCAAGAGGAACUGUUGCUUUACUGACUUCUGCAACAACGAGACUCUGCACCUUUACCCAGUGAGACCGUCUGAAGAACCUGGCUGGAGCAGGCUGCAGCUCAUUGUGGUGAUCCUGGUGCCCUCCUGCCUGCUGUGUGUAGGGAUCCUGCUGGGUGUGUUCGUUGUGCAGGGCCACCGUUGUGCCUACAGGCGAGCCCACAAGCAGGACCCGGAGGAGCCUCUGGAUGAUCAGAUGCUAAUGUCACCUGACAAAAGCCUCAAAGAUCUGAUCUAUGACAUGAGCACCUCAGGUUCAGGAUCAGGACUGCCACUGCUGGUCCAGCGAACCAUAGCUCGAACCAUUGUCCUGCAGGAGACCAUUGGAAAAGGUCGAUAUGGUGAGGUGUGGCGGGGCAAGUGGAGGGGAGAGGACGUGGCAGUUAAGAUCUUCUCUUCCAGGGAUGAGCGAUCGUGGUUCCGUGAAGCUGAGAUCUAUCAGACUGUCAUGCUCAGGCACGAAAACAUCCUGGGCUUUAUUGCUGCUGAUAACAAAGAUAACGGCUCAUGGACUCAGCUCUGGUUGGUGUCAGAGUACCAUGAGCAUGGCUCCCUGUAUGAUUACCUGAAUAGGCACACCGUCUCAGUGGAAGGCAUGAUUCUUGCUCUGUCCAUAGCCAGUGGGCUGGCACAUCUCCACAUGGAAAUCAUUGGCACACAGGGGAAGCCUGCCAUUGACAGAGACCUAAAGUCUAAAAAUGUCUUAGUGAAGAAGAAUGGGACAGCGGUGAUUGCCGAUUUGGGUUUGGCCGUGAAACUCGACCUCCAGCACAAACACCAUAGACAUACCAUCCACCACAGAGUGGGAACUAAGAGGUACAUGGCUCCAGAAAUCCUGGAUGAGACAAUCAAUAUAAACACCUUUGAAUCAUAACGGGCAGAUAUCUAUUCAUUAGGCCUGGUGUUCUGGGAACUGGCCAGAAGAUGCUCCGUCACAGGACUUCAUGAGGAUUUCCAGCUGCCUUAUUAUGACAUGGUGCCUUCAGAUCCAUCUAUUGAGGACAUGAGGAAGGUAGUCUGUGAUCAGAAACUCAGACCCAGCAUACCCAAUCAGUGGCAGAGCUGUGAGGCUCUGCGUGUGAUGGGCAAGCUGAUGAGAGAGUGCUGGUACGCCAAUUCUUCGGCGCGACUGACUGCUCUGCGUGUCAAGAAAACCUUGUCUCAGCUAUCUGCCAUCAAGGACAUCAAAGAGUAGUUCGAUUUGUUGCCCUGCAGAUCAGCACCGG